UGUCGGUUCGGAUGGUACGGUCCUUUUCGCUCGACCACGGGUUUGGUGCCGGGGGUUACGCACAUGGCUUGCCAAGUAGCACAGCAGGCUGAGUAGCAUAAAGUUAAUAUUUAUCGUGUAUUUAUACAUCGAGCGAUUCACUAAAUGCGGGACACCGAAGACAUGGCGGCUGAAGCUGCGUUCGACGAGGUCGAGGAGCCCUCCUUCAGCGACCCCGAGGAUUUCGUGGACGACGUGGACGACGAAGAGCUGCUGGAGGACAUCCUGCGGGAGAGGCCCCAGGAGGCGGACGGCAUCGACUCCGUGAUCGUGGUGGACAACGUGCCUCAGGUGGGACCCGAGCGCCUGGAGAAGCUCAAGAACGUCGUCCACAAGAUCUUCUCCAAGUUCGGCAAGAUCACCAACGACUUCUACCCCGAGGCCGAGGGCAAGACCAAGGGGUACAUCUUUCUGGAGUACACCUCUCCUGUGCAAGCACAAGAAGCUGUGAAAAAUGCUGAUGGCUACAAGCUGGACAAACAGCACACGUUUCGAGUGAAUCUCUUCACUGACUUUGACAAGUAUGUGAAUAUCAGUGAUGAAUGGGAAUCACCUGAGAAACAGCCAUUCAAAGACUUUGGGAACCUGCGGCACUGGAUGGAGGACCCUGACUGCCGUGAUCAGUACAGUGUGAUUUUUGAAUCUGGCGAAAGAACCGGGAUAUUUUCUAAUGAUGUCAAGGAACCAAUCCUAAUAGAGGAGAGGGCUCGCUGGACGGAGACAUAUGUCAGAUGGUCUCCCAAAGGUACCUACUUGGCCACAUUCCACCAGAGGGGCAUAGCCCUUUGGGGAGGGGAGAAAUUCAAGCAGAUCCAGAGGUUCAGUCACCAGGGGGUCCAUCUUAUUGAUUUUUCUCCAUGUGAAAGGUACAUAGUCACCUUCAGCCCUCUUAUGGAUACGAAAGAUGACCCUCAAGCCAUUAUAAUCUGGGAUGUCCUCACUGGUCAGAAGAAGAGAGGAUUCCAUUGUGAAAAUUCUGCUCACUGGCCGAUUUUCAAGUGGAGUCAUGAUGGGAAGUUCUUUGCCAGAAUGACACAAGACACACUCAGUAUUUAUGAAACACCCUCAAUGGGACUUUUGGACAAGAAGAGUUUGAAGAUCAAUGGGAUAAAGGAUUUUUCCUGGUCUCCUGGAGACAACAUCAUUGCAUUUUGGGUACCAGAAGAUAAGGAUAUUCCAGCAAGAGUCACCCUUAUGCAGCUUCCAUCCAGACAGGAGAUUAGAGUUCGAAACCUUUUCAAUGUAGUAGACUGCAAACUCCACUGGCAGAAGAAUGGGGACUACCUGUGUGUGAAGGUUGAUAGGACUCCCAAGGGUACUCAGGGUGUGGUGACCAACUUUGAAAUCUUCAGGAUGCGAGAGAAGCAAGUCCCUGUAGAUGUAGUGGAGAUGAAAGAGGGCAUCAUUGCCUUUGCCUGGGAGCCAAAUGGUAGUAAGUUUGCGGUGCUGCAUGGAGAAUCCCCCAGAAUAAGUGUGUCAUUCUACCACGUCAAGAACAAUGGCAAAAUCGAGUUGAUAAAAAUGUUUGAUAAACAGCAAGCAAACAGCAUUUUCUGGAGUCCACAGGGGCAGUUUCUGGUACUGGCGGGACUCAGGAGCAUGAACGGUGCCCUGGCAUUUGUUGACACAUCGGAUUGCACCAUGAUGAACAUUGCAGAGCACUACAUGGCUUCAGAUGUGGAAUGGGACCCAACAGGAAGAUAUGUGGUGACCUCGGUCUCCUGGUGGAGCCACAAGGUGGACAAUGCCUAUUGGCUUUGGACAUUCCAAGGACGGCUUCUACAGAAGAACAACAAGGAUCGCUUCUGCCAGUUGCUGUGGAGACCACGUCCAGCCAUUCUUCUCAGUCAGGAGCAAAUCAAGCUGAUCAAGAAAGAUCUGAAGAAGUAUGCAAAGAUUUUUGAGCAGAAGGAUCGUUUGAGUCAAUCUAAAGCAUCAAAGGAAUUGGUUGAUAAGAGGCGCACCAUGAUGGAGGAUUAUCACAAAUAUCGCGAAGCUGCUAUACAGUUGUAUCAGGAACAGAGACCUCUUCGUCUGGAACUAAGGGGAGGUGUGGACACAGAUGAACUGGACAGUAAUGUUGAUGAUUGGGAGGAGGAAACCAUUGAAUUCUUCAUCAAUGAAGAAAUUAUUCCACUUGGAGAUUUGGCAUAAACAUCAAGCUCAGCCAUCUUUGGAGAAGACUGCUUUUGCAAAGGAACCACCUGUUUUUUAAACUGAUGUAUCAAAGAAUUGUUUCAAAACUAUCCUGGUGUGAUAUCAGCAUAUAGUGCCUUCUAAAUAUUGGUCACUGCACCAGAAGAUUUUGAAUUACUGUUUUUUGCAUUUUUGAUAUAAGUACAUACCUUCUCAUUCUAUCAGUGACAUUAUUUUGGUUUCAGUUCUUAUUUUUGCUGAAUUCACUGUGGUUUUAAAGCACUCCAUAACAAGUGGAGUGUCACUUUAUCACAUCUUUUUUUUUUUUUUUUCUUAAACAUCUAUGAAUAGGGUUUUCUACAGGUGAUCAGGAAUCAUUACAAAUUUUACUGUGCUGACACAGUACUGGUGGCCUGGAUACUCCUCCAUUCCUUAUGGUAAAUGUGCUACAAAGAAAUAAAAAUAUGGACACAGA